AUGAGCAAUAAUAUAAAGUUUUUAGAUUGCUUAAAAUAUAUUAAAAAAACAAAUCAUCUAAAUAAUGUAACAAAUAUAACACCUAAAAAUUUUUUAAAAAAACCAAACAAUGAUUUUUAUAAUUUAAUAUUUUUUAAAAAAAAUUUAAAUUUAUCAAUAAAUCAAAUAAAUAGUAAUAAUAGUUAUAAUGAUGAUACAGUAUAUAGUAUUAGUGGUCAUUUAAAUAAUAAUAAUAUAAUAUUAUUUAGUAACAAUAGUUUCAAUAAUUUUAAUAAAAAUAAUAAUAAUAAUAACAAUAAUAAGGAUAAUAAUAAUAAUAUUUUAAAUAAUGAGGGUUUUAAUUUUAAUUAUGUUAAUCCCGAUAAUAUAAAACCUUUUAAACCAAGACAUUUACCAUUCGAAACCACUACAAAUUUAGAUUUUAUAAUACCACCAGGUCAACCAACAGUCGAAUCAAAAGAAACAUUAGAUAAAUAUUUAAAGUUGGCAAAAGCAUUAUCAGCAGUUGGAUACGAACAUCAAGAAAGUCAAAAUUGGGAACAAGCUUUAGAAUCAUUUAACAAGGCACUUUUUUAUAUUAAAAUUUUAUUUUCAUCAUCAUACAAGUCUAAAAUUGAUUUACGUGACUUUGCAGUUUUAUUGGGUAACUCAGCAGAAUCACUUGGUAGAUUAGAUAGAGUUGACGAAGCUUUGGUAAAAUCCCAACAAUCCAUUGAUGUUUUAGAGGUUUGCUGGAAAGAGUACGCAGAGAAAUAUGGUUUAGCAAAUGCAAAAAGAAAUUGGUCAAAAGAUGAAACAUUGGGUAUUUUCUAUAGCAAUUAUUCCGAAUAUCUUUUGGAUGGAGAUAAGUUUGAAGAGGCAGAGCCAUUUUUAAUGAGGGCUCACGAAAUGUUAAGCAAAAUAUAUCCUUUGGAUCAUCCAGUCAAUAUUGAAAUUGGUAUUUCAUUAAUUAAAGUAUUAAACGAAAUGGGUCGUACAUUAGAGGUAGAGAAAAUCUUCAAAAAGUAUGGUGAUACAAUUACAAAUGCAAUGGGUAAAACUGAAGAAUUUAAACAUAUUGCUGAAAAAGUUCAAAAUGAAAUAAAAUUUCAAAUGGUAGAGCAAAUAAAACACCAAUAUCCUCAAUUAGAAUUAGAUCAUAAAGAUUUUGAAGAUGAUGAAGAAAAAGAAGAAGAUGAAGAUGGUGAUAUUAUUGAGUAUGAUGAAGAUGGUAAUUUAACAGUUCGAAGUAAAAAAAGUCAAUUUUUAAACAAUAACGAAAAAAAUCAAGAUUUUGAAGAUCAGGAUAAAGAGGACGAAGAAGACGAAGAUGAUGAAGAAGAUGAAGAUGAACCAAUCAAGUAUAAAUAUAGGGAAAAAGAAUUUGGUGUUCAAGAUUUAAUACUAUUAGAAGGAAAAGAACAAAUGGAAUUUGAAAAAGGUAAAGAAAGUAGUUUAAUGGAAAAGAAUUUUGGAGAAAGAGAUUUUGAAGAAUUGGACGAAGAGGAAGAUGAAGAUGAGUUUUUUGAAUACGAUAAAGGUGAUGAAGAUGAAGGUGAUAGAGAAAAUUUAGUAGAUUCGAAUAUAUCGGCCAAAGAAGAGUACUUGAAUUUAAAGUUAGAGGAAGAAUUAGAAGAAAUGAAAGAAAAGGGUGAAAAGAUAUAUUCAACAAACCACCCACUUGGUAGUAUUUUAAAUAGCUUUGAUGAUAUAUUUUAUGAUGCCACAAAGAAACUUUCAGAACUAGAGGCUGAAAAGAUUGUAGAUAGAGAAGAGCGUCUUAUCAAUAAACAUUCAGGUGUACCAGAAAGAGUCGUUUGGGAAGAUGGUAAAAUUAUUACACCAAUAGACUCAAGAGGAGAACCAGUUAGUCAAGGUGCUAUUGAUAAGUGGGGUAAAUACUUGGCAGAGGAUUUAAUUGAUGAUAAUAACGAAGAAGAUGAAAUGUUAGAUAAAUAUAUUGAAAAGAUGGAAUCAUUAAUAGAUACAAUGUCAAAAGAAGAAACUGAAAUCAUCGACUUAAAAUUCAAAACACUAGUUCCAACUUUAAAAACAAUUUUAAAACAAGAUAACCCAGAGGAGUUUUUCAACACUACUUUAGAAGAUGCAGAAGAAGAUGAUAAAGAACUAAUUAGAGUAACAGAGGAAAAGUUAAAAAAAUUAAACAAAGGUUUAAAAGAAAUUAAAGAAAGAAAAGAAGUUUUACCAAAAGAUAAAGAUGGAAAUUUAAUAAUACCAGAAGAUUUAAAUGAAGAUUAUUUAAAAGAAUUUGAUGUAUCAGAAGAUUUUUCAAUAUUUGAUGAUGAUGAAGUAGAAUUAGAUGAAGAAGAUGUUAAAUUAGAAGACGACGAUGGUGAAGAAGAUGGUGAUGAGGACGAAGAAGAUAGUGAAGAAGAUAGUGAAGACGAAGAGGAUAGUGAGGAAGACGAUGAAGAUAGCGAUGAAGAUGAAGAAACUGACGAUGAAGACAGUGAAGCUUUUACAGAUGAAGAUUAUGUAUAUAAAGAAAGUUAUGACGAAAUCACAGACUCAAGUAAUUUAACCAAUAACAAUAACACUAGCGAAGGAACAAUUUCGCAUCAAAGUCUUGUAAGAUUCAUGGAAGUAGCAAAUAAUUGUGGUUAUGAUGAAGAGAAAAUUAUUUCAAGUAUUGGUUUAGAGGAGUUUGAAAAAAUUCAAAAACAUAUCGAUAAAGAUUCAAAACCAUCAAAAACUAAAGAAAAUGACACCAAAGAUGAUGAAGAUUCUAUUUUAGAUUUAUUAGAUGGUUUAGAAGACGAUGAAGAUGUUACUUUCAAUGAAAGAUUAAACGAUUUACAAAACUUGGGUGAUGGCUUCGAAGAAUUAGAAGACUUAGAAGAUGAAAUAGUUGAUCAAAACAACCCAGAAGAAGAUUUAGAUAGAUAUUUAAAUAGAGUUUCCAAAAAUGAAGGUUUCCAAAAUUAUUUAAAAGAUUUAAAAACUAAUAAAAAAUAA